UGUCAUCUCUAAUUUGCGCACCACCAACACCAAGUUCUGUGUUUCUGUAAUUUUUACUUGAAAAUUUGAAUAUCAAAAUGUUGGGCCGCAGCAGUGUCAUUGCACGCAACUUCUCGCAAUCCAUGGUCCGCUUCAGCGGUCAUGGUGGCGUUCCCGGAGAGAAUCUGCCCUUCGGCCUGACAAACAAGUACAGGAUCACCGCUCUGUUCACCAUCGGCUGUGUUCUGGGCUUCGGCUCUCCCUUCCUGAUCGUCAGACACCAACUGCUGAAGAAGUAAGAGGCGCUCCCCCCCAAGUGGCCAUCGCGCAGCCAGCAGCAACAACAAAUAUGUAAGAUGCUUUGUAGGUCCAGCCAGGCGGUGCAGUGUGUUACAGUGUUAAGUGUAAAGUGGAAACGAAAUAAAAGUUGCCCCCAACUGUAAACCAA